CGUGACUUCAAGGCAAAGGCGGUCGGAAGCACUAUUGCAACAGGCGGUCGGACGAGUGGCAAUAAGCCAAAAGGAACGAACGCAACUGAGCAAGCGAUGCGGACCACUGGGGGCAGAAUGUUUAGGGGAACGAACAAAGCGAUGUCAAACAUUCUGAGCCCUGUGUUGAACGAUCAAAGGUGGGAACUUCCAAGUGCACCGCAGGCAACUAAGGUCACGAAAUCGG